CGUGAUGGCGCUCUUCCGAGGCGAGGCCAGCAGUCAAGCGGGCGUGGAGAGGCCUAUGCGGCAGGGGACAGAGGACCCCACACAGCAGCAGGCAGCAUCUCGCCUGUCACGUGAGCAAGGCGCUUGGCAGGAGCACUCAGGUGCUCGAACUAGUCCGUUAGUGCUCUCUGCCCACUCCGGGCAGGGCUGGAGGCUACAGAGCAGACUUUAAGAUGCUCCAUUCCGGAACAAUACGCAAACAGAAAGAUGAAAAAAAUGGUGAGUUUUCGGUGUUUUGCUGUUUUCCACGCUGAUGUGAAGGUAGCACCAGCACCCAGAGCUCGAGAGACGAGUCACGCCUCACCCCUGAACCCCUCCUUGCCCUGCCUGUCACAGUAGCUGCCAUCCACACUGGAGCUGCGUCUGUUUGUUUGCCAGAAUAAACUGGAUGGCCCAGCUCCGGCGCUAUUAUGACAAAGGAUUACCAAGAUUUCCAGCACCUGGACAAUGAGGAGAACGACCACCAUCUGCGGAGAGGGCCGCCGCCCGCCCCAGCGCUCUGGCAGCGCCUCUGCUCCGGGCCCCGGCUGCUCCUGCUCUCCCUGGGCCUCAGCCUCCUGCUGCUCCUGGUUGUCUGUGUGAUCGCGUCCCAGAACUCCCAGCUCCGGGGGGAUCUGCGGGCUCUGAGGCAGAAUUUCAGCAACUUCUCCGCGAGCACUGAGGACCAGGUCAAGACCCUGCGCACCCAGGGAGGCAGUGUGGGAAGAAAGAUGAAGCUGCUGGAGACGCAGCUGGAGAAGCAGCAGCAGGAUCUGAGCAAAGACCACGCCACCCUGCUGGAGCUCGCGAAGCAGCUCGUGUCCGACCUCCGGAGCCUGAGCUGUCAGAUGGCCGCGCUUCAGGGCAACGGCUCUGAGCGGACCUGCUGCCCCAUCAACUGGGUGGAGCGCGAAGGCAGCUGCUACUGGUUUUCCAGCUCGGGGCGGCCCUGGCUGGAGGCGGACAAGUACUGCAAGCUGGAGAGCGCGCACCUGGUGGUGGUGACGUCCUCAGAGGAGCAGAGGUUCCUCCAGCACCACAUGGGCCCUAUAAACACUUGGAUUGGCCUGACGGACCAGGACGGGCCCUGGAGGUGGGUGGACGGCACGGACUACGAGACAAACUUCAAGAACUGGAGGCCGGAGCAGCCGGACGACUGGUACGGACACGGGUUGGGAGGGGGCGAGGACUGCGCCCACUUCACCCCCGACGGCCGCUGGAAUGACGACGUGUGCAGGAGGCCCUACCGCUGGGUCUGCGAGACAGAGCUGGGGCCGCCAGCUAGGCGCCCCUCCCCUAAUUUAUUUCCUUGAGGCUGAGCUGCGAGGCUUGGACCGGGGAGCCCUGUCUAGGGGUCUCCGCAGCUGGGAGUGUCGGGGCGUUUGUGGCCCAUGCUCGCUGGCGUUCUGACCUACCAGGCUUUGUGCAGCGGACGAGUGUCAACUUUUUUUUUUUUUUUUUAAGAGUAAAAAUAGAAGAGACAUAUA